AUGCCUUCCUGUUGGAAGGUGGUGGAAGCCUACGACGAGCUAGUCGAGAUAUCCUUGUUGGUGAGCAACUGCACGGGCUUGCUCGACAUCGAGGAGGCCCAUUUGCGCUUCGACCGCGGGUCGUCGGCCCAACGGACCAUUGAAACCGGCAUGCCUACGUUGCGCCGCUUCAUCCGCCCCACCGAUUGGGACCGGAUCGAAGGCGCGGGGACCGCGGGGACCGGAUCGUGUGGACGUCCGUAUCGCCAUGAUGCAUUGCACCAGGCAGUGAAAGACAACAAGUUGAAAACAUGA